CAAUGACCAAUGUGGAUUCUUCUGACUCAUUCCUUUCUCUUCUGAAUAUUUUGUUCCCCUUUUAAUCUGGUUCCAUUUCGCACCCGCACCGUAUGGCAUGAUAAUGAUUUCAACUUCUACUACUUUUUUCUACAUGCAAAUUGCAAACAACCAACCAAACCAACUGCAACAACAAACAAGUACCCCAAUUUUUAACUCAGAGAGAGAGUGAGGACUCCCACACACAGACACACAGUAGUUAGUUACGCUGUCUGUUUUUGUCACACAAAAUACACACGCGUGAGCAGACACACACAUGCCACGUCACUUAUCCAACCACCGUGUGCCGUCCCUUUUUCUUUCUUAGCUGUUCUUCACUCUUUCCCUCUUUCGUCGUUUCUUCCUUCUUCUUCUCUUAUUGUUAUUACUAACCUACUCUUCUCUCUCUCUACCUUCUUUUUCUUCUCAAUUUCUCCGUUUACUAAUUCAAAUUUAUAAUGCCCACGUGGUGGAGUAAAAAAUCAAUUAAGACCAAAGAACACCCACGUGGCGGCACAACCACCGCCGGCACCGUGCUUCACUUCAAUUUCACCAAGUCUCCGAUCAGAAACUCUACCAAUACUAACAACGUCGAAAAACCUAAAAGCUUCGACGAUGUUUCCGCUUUUAGAAAUUCCCCCAGACCAAGCAGGGAUUUCACUUCUUCUACCUCCGCCGCCGCCGGCUCUUCCUCUUGUUGUGAUUCCGAUGCCGGCGAUAAGAUAGGGAUUCCUUUGCCUCGUCCUUCCGUUUAUCCUACACAAAGCUUAAGCAACGAUCAGGGUCUUACUUUCGGAUCUACUUCCGUUUCUAGCUCUAGCGUUAGCUCCAAUGGCUCUUACGACGAUCCUUCAACUUGUAAUUCUCAGAUUAAUAGCGCUAGAGGACAAUGUGACACAAAGUUUAAUGGGAGGCCUAGAAGCCCAGUUGGGUCAAGAAGGCCCACUAGCCCAACGUCGCCUCUUCAUCCAAGGUUGCAAGUUUUGAGUCUUGACUCACCUACAGGUAGGCAAGAAGAUGGAAGGAGUGAGUGUCAUCCUUUGCCCCUUCCACCGGGAUCUCCGACUAGUCCUUCUUCUCUUCCUAACAUGAGAGGAAACGGACUGCUAGAAAACAGUACCGCUAACCGUUUCAAGUGGAAGCGAGGAAAGCUUCUCGGUCGGGGAACGUUUGGGCAUGUUUACCUGGGAUUCAAUAGUGAAAGUGGACAAUUGUGUGCAAUAAAAGAAGUCAGGGCUGUCUGUGAUGAUCAAACCUCAAAAGAGUGCCUCAAACAACUUAGUCAGGAGAUAAAUUUGUUGAGUCAGCUUUCACAUCAAAACAUUGUUCAAUACUAUGGAAGUGAUUUGGGAGAAGAAACACUUUCCGUUUAUUUGGAAUACGUCUCUGGAGGUUCUAUUCAUAAAUUACUUCAGGACUAUGGGGCCUUCAAGGAGCCUGUUAUCCAAAAUUAUACCAGACAGAUUGUCUCUGGACUUGCCUAUCUUCACGGGAGAAAUACAGUGCAUAGGGAUAUUAAAGGGGCUAACAUUCUAGUUGAUCCUAAUGGUGAAAUCAAGCUGGCAGACUUUGGAAUGGCUAAACAUAUAAAUGCUUCUUCGUCAAUGCUUUCUUUCAAAGGAAGUCCACACUGGAUGGCACCAGAGGUUGUUAUGAAUACAAAUGGCUAUAGUCUUCCUGUUGAUAUUUGGAGCUUGGGAUGCACAAUUCUUGAAAUGGCAACAUCAAAGCCUCCUUGGAGUCAAUAUGAAGGGGUAGCUGCAAUAUUUAAAAUUGGUAACAGCAAAGACAUGCCUGAAAUUCCUGAUCAUCUCUCAAAUGAUGCAAAGAAUUUCAUUAAGCUAUGCUUGCAUAGAGAUCCUUCAACUCGCCCUACAGCCCAAAUGCUACUAAAUCACCCCUUUAUUCGAGACCAGUCAGCUACAAAAGCUGCAAAUGUCAGAAUAACCAGGGAUGCUUUUCCAUAUAUGUUUGAUGGAAGUCGGACGCCGCCAGUUUCAGAUCUUCAUUCCAAUAGAACUUGUAUUGCUUCACAGGAUGGAGAUUAUGCAACAAAACCAGUUGUUACAGCUUCGCGAGCAGUUAGGAGUCCAAGAGACAACACAAGAAUGAUCACAUCAUUACCAGUAUCUCCGUGUUCAAGUCCAUUGCGACAGUACGUUCCCACACACAAGAGCUGUUUCCUAUCUCCUCCCCAUCCAACUUAUACAAUGAUGGGACAAAAUACACUCUCUUCAUAUGAAUCAUAUCCACCAAUGAGAUCAAAUGCCAAGUUUAGUCUUGAUCCUUGGCAGGAAACACCUAUGUACAAAGGCCACACACCUGGAGGAUCCCCAAGAACGAGACUUUUUUGAGUUGAAUAUGUAAAUAUACCCCUAAAAUCUUUCUUGGAAGUGAGAAGGGUUGGAGCCAUUUCGAUACAGGCAUUGGAUUGAGGAGACAUAGUAGCUUGUAACAAUUUUUACUGUAAACGCAAGGUGCUUACUAUGUUUGGACUUUGAAGUAGCGUUUUUGUUGUAUAUUGUUAUUAGUCCAUGACAGAAGAAAAGAAGAGUAAAUUUUCAUACAUGUUCCUUUUGUUUAUAAAUUGUUUUUUUGUUGUUGUAUGGGAUCCACACACGAAUUGCACAUGUAUGGUUUGGUACCAAGCCAUCACUUUUUUGGCAUGCAAGCUUCAAAACCUGAACAAGAAUGAUGGAUCUAGAUUCUCUAA